AAAGAUGCAUUCAUGAAAGAGGAAGUUCACAUCUCUUCUGUUCUUUGCCACUCUCUAUUCUCUUCCUUUUUAUAAAGGCAAUUCCAAUUCCCUUAGCAACCUCCAUUUCUCGAUCGCCACGCAUUUCCUCUUCUAUCUUCACAAACCCUAAUCUCCCUCUCUUUUUUCCUCAUUCCUCUCAAAUCCAUGGAUACUGUCAAGUCCUUCAAGGGCUACGGCAAGGUCGACGAACUCGAGCAACAAGCUUUCCGGCAAAAGACUCGCCGCCGCCUUAUUAUUAUCUUUAUUUCCCUUCUUCUUCUAAUUGCCCUCCUUGUCGGUGCCGUCGUUGGAAUCGUCGUUCAUAAACGCAACUCUUCUUCUUCAUCCACCACCACCUCACCUCCUCCCACUGAGCUCACUCCCCCUGCCUCACUCAAAACUCUCUGUAGUGUCACUCAGUAUCCCAGUUCCUGUCAAUCCUCUCUCCAAAACUCCAAUACCACCGAUCCGGUAUUUCUCUUUAAGCUUUCUCUCCGAGUCGCCACUGAUUCACUCUCGAAGCUCUCUGAUUAUACGUCUAAUUUCAAUUCCACUACUGGAGAUCCUAAGGUUGAAGCUGCAAUUAAAAUUUGCCGGAGUGUUUUUGAAGAUGCCAUUGAUACGUUAAACGAUACCGUUUCGUCUAUGGAAGUGGAUCGUCAUAGUGAGAAGUUCUUGUCGCCUUCUAGGAUUGAAGAUCUGAAAACCUGGCUGAGUACUACAAUCACAGAUCAAGAAACCUGCCUUGACGCUCUUCGAGAUCUAAACCAGACCACGGUUCUUCAGGACUUGCAAACUGCAAUGGCGAACUCUACCGAGUUUACUAGCAAUAGUUUAGCGAUUGUAACGAAAAUACUUGGGUUGUUGGCCGAUUUCAACAUUCCUAUCCACCGGAAAUUGAUGGGAUUACCGGAGUGGGUAAGCUCUGGCGACCGAAGGCUUCUGCAGGAGAACAAUGUGACGGCGCAUGUGACGGUAUCGAAGGAUGGGAAAGGGCAAUACACGACAAUCCAAGAUGCCGUAGCGGCGGUGCCAAAGAAGAGCAAAGAAAGAUUCAUCAUACAUGUAAAAGAAGGAAUAUACGAAGAGAAUGUGAUUCUGGACAAGAGCAAGUGGAAUGUUAUGAUGUAUGGAGAUGGCAGAACAAAAACCAUUGUUUCCGGCCACCUGAACUUCAUCGACGGCACUCCCACCUUCUCCACCGCCACUUUUGCUGUUGCUGGCAAAGGGUUCAUUGGGAAGGACAUGGGGUUCAUCAACACGGCGGGUCCAGCCAAGCACCAGGCCGUUGCCUUCCGGUCGGGCUCUGACCUCUCUGUGAUGUCUGGAUGUUCAUUUGAUGGCUAUCAAGACACUCUCUACGCCCACUCAAACCGUCAGUUCUACCGAGACUGCGAUAUCACCGGCACCAUCGACUUCAUCUUCGGCAACGCCGCGGUGGUAUUCCAGAACUGCAACAUCCGGCCGAGGCAGCCACUUCCCAACCAAUUUAACACCAUCACAGCCCAAGGUAAGAAGGACAUCAAUCAAAAUUCCGGCAUUUCGAUUCAGAAAUGCACCUUUUCAGCCUACAAUGACAGUCUCAACGCCCCCACUUAUUUGGGGCGGCCAUGGAAGGAGUUUUCUACAACGGUGAUUAUGCGGUCGGAAAUCGGAGGAUUCCUGAAUCCGGUUGGGUGGAAGGAAUGGGUGAGCGGGCAGGACCCACCCAGCAGCAUAUUUUAUGGGGAGUAUCAGAAUAGUGGGCCAGGAUCAAACGUGGACAAGAGGGUUAGAUGGGCCGGUUACAAGCCCAGUCUUACGGAUUCCGAGGCCGGAAGGUUCACCGUUGGGACUUUCCUGAACGGCGAGGAUUGGUUGCCGGCUACCAAUGUAAACUUUGAUACAUCUCUGUAAUAAAUAAACACACAAAAGAAGAAAACCCACAAGGAUUUAAUUUUUUUUUUAAAAUUUUUUUUUUUGUUCUUUUUUGGUUUGCUACUAUCUUCUUUUGUUAAAGCCAAAUGUGAAAGGAAGAUCAGAUUAUUUUUUCUAUUCUUAGAGUUCAAUAGUUGUGAAGUAUAUUAUUAAAUUUCAACUUAGAUCAUUUGCAUAUUUGGUA